GGCGCUUCCCCGUCUCCUCUUCCCGAAACGCCUCCGCCAUCAGGGCGCCUGAAGCCGGCUUUUCUUUGGACUCCUGCGCGCUGCACAGCGCCGCCACCUGAGUUCAGGCGGGGAGCAGUGAGACCAUAUCUUCCUCUGACUCUCUCCUUGGAGAAAAAACAGUCUGAGUUUCUUCUCCCUGAUCUCAGCAUGUACUUCACUGAGCCCAACACAAAUUUUGCCAGCAGUCAGUGCUAAAGAGCUGCAUUAUAUGUAAUCCCAGAUUCGCAUUGUGAAGAGACACUGUUGAAAGUGAAGUCAGAAGACCGACCAGCACAAUGCUAGCCUUCUUGGGCUCCCUGCUGGCACUCUCCAUAACCAUCCCUCUCUUGGUAUUCAUGGCUGCUCCUUAUAUCAGGAAGUAUAUUGCAGGAGGAGUGUGCAAGUCUACAGUGAAGCUGAAUGGAAAAGUGGCUGUAAUCACAGGGGCCAAUACUGGCAUAGGGAAGGAAACGGCCAAAGAUCUUGCAAGAAGAGGUGCCCGAGUCAUCCUUGCUUGCCGUGACAUGGUGAAAGGAGAAGCAGCUGCAUGUGAAAUCCGAACCAUGACUGGGAACCAGCAAGUUAUUGCAAAGAAGUUAGACUUGGCAGACACCAAGUCUAUUCAGGAAUUUGCAGAGAAUUUCCUAAAAGAAGAGAAAGAGCUCCACAUUCUCAUUAACAAUGCAGGAGUGAUCAUGUGCUCCUACUCUAAGACAGUCGAUGGCUUUGAGAUGCAGUUUGGAGUCAAUCACUUGGGGCACUUCCUUUUAACGUUCCUAUUGCUAGAGCGCCUGAAGCAAUCUAGUCCAGCUCGCAUUGUGAAUGUGUCAUCAUUGGCUCAUCGUAUUGGGAAGAUUAGUUUCCAUGACCUCCAGAGUGAGAAGAGCUACAAUUGGGGCCAGGCCUACUGCCAAAGCAAGCUGGCCAAUAUUCACUUUACCAUGGAAUUGGCCAGACGCCUGCAAGGCACUGGAGUCACUGUAAAUGCUGUGCAUCCAGGCUCUGUACUGACUGAAUUGCCCCGUCAAACAUCUACAAUUUAUACUAUCUGGAGGAAUAUACCUUUCUUUUUGAAGACACCAGAAGAAGGAGCCCAGACCAGUGUGUAUUGUGCAGUAGCAGAGGAGCUGGAGUCAGUGAGUGGGAAGUAUUUCAGUGACUGUAAACCAGCAUAUGUCUCAGCUCAAGGCCGUGAUGAAAAAACAUCAAAGAAACUUUGGAAAAUCAGCUGUGAACUCCUAUGCAUCGAGUGGGACUGAACUAUGAACAAUCUUUUGCUGAAGUUAUACAUUUCCAGCAAAUUGGGUUGUUGUUUUUUGAAAACAGGAAUUCAAAAACCCAACACUGUCAUAUAAUGCAACCAAAAUUUAAGGUGUAAUUAUAUGAGGUUCAAAAUGGAGACAAGAGACUAUUCUAAAGCUAGUUUCAUACACACUUCAAUUGUGUAACAAGAUUAAUGCAUUUUCUCACUUGGCAAUAGUUAUGCUACGUUUUUAUAACUGGAUGGGCAAACAUGGCAGGAGGAGCAAGGACCACUUGCUUGUGUACCCCUGCCAACUGUAGUUUAUGACCAUUUAUGAAGCCAGGACUCCUCUAAUUUAGUGGAGACUCUAAAGUGGUGCUGAAACCUUUUCAGCUGAAAGCAAAGCGUUUCCUUAGCUGAUGAAGCUACUUCAACUUCACUUCUGGACAAUUCAGAGCAUAUCUCUGAGCUAGUCUAAUUUUGAAAUCUAAUAGUUAGAAUCUGAGCAGAAGGCUCUGAGUGCAGUGUUACUAAAACACAUGCCAUCUUGGGAAGAAGCUUCAUAUAAACUUUCUGCUCCAAUACUAACACAGAAAGUAUUUGAAACCAACUUUUUAAACUAAAGGAAGACAAGUUUGAACUCUGCACCCUCUCCAGAUGUACGAAGACUAUGUAGGGUGUACUUCCUUACUAGAAGAGGUAUAAGGGGCCAUAUAAACAAUACUUGGGGAGCAAUGAGGGUGACUAGCUUAUAGGGAUCUUUUUUCACUUGACUAGUCUGUUCUUGGUUACAUAUGCAAUGCAUACAGCCCAAAACAUGUCCAGCUGGCCUCUACUAGGGCCAGGGCCUUUAUGGUCCUGGCCCCACUCUGGUGGAACAGGCUCCCUAGAGAGACCAGGGCCCUGUGGGACUUGUUGAGUUUCUGCAGGGCCUGCAAAAUGGACCUGUUCCACCAGGCAUUUGGGGCUGAGUGUGAUUCCAUCGUCCCAGCCUUCAGUGGGGAGGGGGUGGGGUUUUAUUGCCAUCUGAGUCUUAUUUUGGCUUUAUUUUAAUACAUUGUAUUGUAUAGGUUUUAAUACUAUUGUUAUGUAUUAAUACAUUAUGUUGUGCGCUGCCCUGAGCCCUUCGAGGGAGGGCGGCCAAUAAAUAAACAAAUAAAAAUAUAAAAUAAAUAAAAA